AUGACGGACGUCGCAGCUUUUUAUAAUGGCAUUAUCGAAGACGUAAUCAAUGGUAUGAAGGAGACUUUUACGCAAGAAGGCAUUGAUUUGGAAGUUUUGGAAGAGCUUAAAAAGCUUUGGUCAUCGAAGCUUGCCGAGUCGCAUGUUGCUGAUCCGGAACCAGCAGCUCAGUCUGCGGUUCAUUAUGCCCAGCGACUCCAAGCAGCCCAGUAUCAGGCGUGUGUCGGCCAAGCCGGUGUGUCCAUACCUAUCGCUCGUCUGCCUAUACAACCAAACACAAUCGGGCAACCCUCUGCCAUGCGAACACUUGCCCCAAUAGCCCGCCCAAAUGCACCUCUUACAACUGCAACGGUAGCUAAUCUGACUCCAGCUCAGCAACCGGGGAUAGUCAUACGCUCUGCCGUUGGUGCUCCUACCGGGGCACGUCAGCCGAUCGUGCUAGCAGCUGCUUUGAACCCGCAACAACAGGCAACUCAGCCGCGACUUGCGAAUCCGGUCAGCAUAGCUAUCCGCGCACCAUUGCAAAACGCAGCUGGUCAGACCACUAUUAUCGGGCAGCCAGGUCUACCUAGCGUAAAUGGAGUACAAACCCUCUCCGGCAUCCCUGGUCAAAAUGUACAAAUUCUGCAACUUGGUCAGCAAACCUUUAUGGUGCCGUUUCAAUUCAGACCACAACUUGCUGGCGCUCAGCAACUGCACCAGGAUGCCACUGGUACGACGGUCCUACAGACACAGGCAUUUAACAGAACACAAGUGGACGGUGGGGCCGACAGUGAUUUUGACGACGGCGACGACGAUUUGGACCCCUAUUCGGUGGAGUCGUCGUCUUUACGGCCACCGGUGAGUGUUACCACUCCGCGUUCGGUGCUCAGCCGACCACCUGGCACUGUGCAGCCGCCUCAAUCCCAAGCAACCAUUGAUGAUGACGACGAUGAUGACGAGGACAUGGUUGUCGCGACUCCUGGUGUCGGCAUGAUGACGCCCGAUCCGGGCUCAGUCUUCGUGACAGGCGCGACAAUACCGCGCCAACAAACUGGCGUGAAGCGUCAGACGUCUGGUUUGUCUACAGGUGGGAAGCAGAAUGCCAAACGAAUCCGCCAUUCAUCGCGUGGAGAUUUCGGCGAUGAUUAUGAUGAGGGUGAUGACGAAGAUUUGGACGACGAGGAUGAAUUUGGCAGUGUUGCUACCAUGAUGACACCAGCUGGUCAGCGGCUGGAGGGUCUGGCAGAAGAUGAUCCACGAUCGGCGCCAACGUCUAGAAGGAAACAGAAGACGCCGUCAACGACAAAGAAGCCGGACCUUGUGGGUACUGUGUCAACACCGGGAGGGAUGAAGGAGGAAACUGACGAUGACCACAUCCCCGACCUUCCUCCAGAUGAUCCUAGUGGCCACGCUGAUCCCACCAUUGCUGCCGAAGAGGCGGCAGCUGAAGAAGAGGAAGACGAUGACCCUCUCAAUUCGGGCGACGACGUCAGCGAUGAAGAGCCUGAGUCUCUCUUUGAGUCAGAAAAUCUGGUCGUCUGCCAAUAUGAAAGGGUGAGCCGAGCCCGCAGCAAGUGGAGAUUUUGGCUGCGCGAUGGCAUCAUGAAGAUUCGCGGUCGUGAUCACGUUUUCCAAAAGCUAAUUGUUGAAGCUGACUGGUAA